AUGUCUGAUGAACGCAAAAUGAUCAUAAUGGAAAUUAUUCAUCAAAAAUAUGGACGAGUUUCUGAAGUACAAUAUGUAUACGAUGAACAUGGUUAUGGAGAAAGUAAACAUUAUGAAAUAAACUGGUCUCGGCAAGAAUAUGAACGAGCUGUAUCGAAACUGUACAAACCAUCACUGUCCUACGAUAAUUUCAUAAAAGUAUUACGGACUUUUAUGAUGGGAAAACAUGCAAUCGAAGAUGUACCCGAAGCAUUUCGUCUACUUGAUACUGACCAUUCUGGCACAAUCGAUAUUACUAAAUUACAUGAAUUUAUAUGCAUUAUCCUGCCCAAAGCAAAUCCACAUUUGCUUCUUCAUCAAAUACAAAAGUCCGAUAACGAUGGUGACUACAGAUUGAAUUUCAAUGAAUUCAAAUCGUUUAUUGAGAAAGGUUUCGGUCGAGAUGUAUCAUUUGGCAUUCUUUAA